AUGGCCAAGAGGAAGGCGAAGCUCUCUCGGUCUAGACACCCUCCACCUGUUUCGAAGUUCUCUCGAGUUCUAGCUUGCUCUUCUGCCGUGACUCUGGCUCCCAUGCCCUUGGUUACUGUGGACGCCGAUUCAAUCAAUCCCAGCUCUUCUUCUCCUAUUUCUGCCACUGUUGUUGAGAAGAUGUCUUCUAUUUCCUCUGCGGUUGUAGUCAAGGAUACGCUAUCCCUGACUCCCGAGGAGAUGUUUGGUUCUGCAAUUCCUGCAGUCGCUAGAAUAGCCCCGAUUAUCGAAUAUGGGGCAACCUCUGUUCCAGUCACCUCUCCUCCAAAAUCUGAAUUACAUUGGGCCUCAAAGUUCAAGGCUUCGCUUAGGAAUUUAAAACAGAUGGAUCCUCCUACCUACCUUGAUGAUGAUACUCCCGUUGUUAUUGCUCCUCCCUCGGUUCUCUUAAAGUCGGCUGAGAUGUGGAAAGGCCACAUUAUGGCUCAGUUCCACGGACUAUGCCCUCCCUCAUCGAAGAUAUUCACAGAUUUGAAUCCGAUAUGGGGUAGAUGUGGCAACUUAACAGUUCGAAUUAUCUCAGAAACUGCGGCUCUCAUCUUCAUUUCGUCACCUGCAACGCGGGUUUCUAGCACACUGUCAAUUGCUCCUGCACAGUCUACCUGUGCCGUCGAGUAUCCUAGGCCUCCUCCAAAAUGUCUCAAUUGCGGUCGGUAUGGACACUUAUUGAGUUGUUGCCCCAAGCCCCUUAUGGAAAAAACCCCCUUCAAAAAGGAUAUCCCAUCCGGCUCGAAAGAGGUUACACACCCUACUAUUAUUCUCCAGGAUCCUCAAGUUCCUCAAGGAAAUAUUCCUAUCAAUGAGGUUUCUAGAGAGGAUUCUACUGAGGCAAAGGCUAAGAAAAUAAGAUCAAGAUCAAGGAAGAGGCACUCUUGCAUGCCAUUUGGUUGGGAUAAUUUCUCUCCAAAAGCUAAGAAACGGCUAAAGAAUAUCUGGCACAAUCGAGUCAGAUCAGCCGUCUUAGUCCAUCCUCUCCAGAGGAGCCUCUUACCUAUGUUGAAAGUUUUUUGGGUACAACUUUUUGGUAGUAUUAUGACGAUGUUUUUCUGGAAUGUUAGAGGCUUAAAUAGCCAUUCUCGUCAACGUGUAAUAAGGAGAUGGAUUCCCCUCAACAAUCUUCUAAUCGGUGCUUCUUUGGAAACUCGUGUUACUGAAUCAAACUCCCAAUAUGUGCUGGCUGCGGCCACUCCCGGCUGGAGAAUGGAUAACAACUAUGGGUAUUCAGACUUGGACAUAAUCUGGCUUGUGUGA